AUGCCCAACAGGUGCCUUUCCCAUGAAUCCCAAGCUCUGCUUCGCUUCAAAGCUGCCUUGAAUGACUCUAGGGGUCCUCUUAGUUCGUGGGUGAAUGGAACAGACUGUUGCACCAACUGGAGAGGCAUAUCCUGCGACAAUCACACCAACCAUGUUGUCUCUCUUGAACCAGAUCUUCUUUUCAGUCCAGGUGUGAUAUCUGAGAGCCUGUGCCAACUUCGUUUUCUCAAAUCACUGAGGAUAAUAGAAGCAUUAACACUAGGUACCGAAAUUCCAUCUUGUUUGGGAAAUCUCUCUUAUAUUGAAACGUUAUAUUUAUCUCUCAAUAGCUUUAGUGGGAGGAUUCCCCCUUCCCUUUGUUUGCUCACCCGCCUUAGAGUCCUUGAUCUUUCCAACAAUUCCUUCAGUGGAAGCAUACCUUCCUGCCUUGGCAACAUUUCUUCUUUAUCCUACCUUUCCCUUCCGAGGAACCUACUUAGUGGAAGCAUACCAGCUUCUCUUGGAAGUCUCUCUAUGUUGAGAAAGUUAGAUCUUGGAGGCAAUCGACUGAGCGGUAGCAUUCCAGAUUCUUUGGGCAGUCUCUCUUUACUCAAGGAGUUGUUGAUUUCCAAUAACCAACUAAGUGGGACCAUUCCCUCUUCACUUGUUCACCUUUCCUCCCUCACUAUCUUGCAUGGGAAUGGCAAUCGUUUCAAUGAAACUAUCUCUUCUUCCUCACUUCCACCUUCUGUAGUUGAUCUAUCCUUGUCACUAAACCAUUACCAGACAAUUUCAGAAAGUUUCUUUCACAAGCUUACAGGCCUCAACUAUUUGUAUUUAUCUAGUUGUGUGCUAAAUAUUAGCGCGACCUGGAUUCCAUCCUUCCAGUUAUCCAAGUUAUAUUUAGUGUCAUGUAUGAUUGGUGGUGAAUUUCCACCUUGGAUUUCAACACAAUUUUCACUUCAAUACUUGGAAAUAUCAAAUGCCAGUCUUGUGGGCGUAUUUCCCUCUUGGUUGUGGGAAACGAGUUCUAUGUUGAUUUACUUAAAUCUUUCAAGAAAUCAACUGCAAGGAAGCCUAUCCUCAAAUAAUUCAACAGGGAUGUAUCUAGAAAUAGUAGAUGUGUCUAAAAAUGGAUUGAGUGGAUGCAUCCCAUCAAUGUGGCCUUCUAGUAUGCAAAUAUUGUUGCUUAAUGACAAUUUAUUUAGUGGCAAUAUUCCUCCAAGCCUUGGCAAAUUAAAUCUACUUCAGCUAUUAAAUCUUGCAAACAACAAGAUAACAGGAGUCAUCCCUGCUAGCUUGUUUAAUUGCUCUUCCCUCAUUGUCCUAAAUUUGGGAAAUAACAAUUUGGAGGGAAGCUUGCCAAAUGAAUUUGGCUGGCUAAGACAAUUAGCAUCAUUGGUUGUUCACAAUAAUAACUUGAGUGGAUCAUUCCCUCCCUCAAUAACAAGUUGUUUUUUAAGUCUACAGGUUCUUGAUAUUGGGAACAACUCAUUUGGAGGUGAAAUACUAACAUUGGUUGCAAAUCUUUCAAGGCUGAGAGUAUUGGUAAUGAAGGAGAACAAUUUUAUAGGCAUUAUUCCCUUAGAGAUAGGUCAACUAAUGGAACUCCAAAUAUUGCUCCUUUCUUCUAAUCAAAUUUCAGGUUCAAUUCCACACACAAUCGUAUCAUUGCAAGCAAUGGCAAAAGAAAGCCAACAUGGUUUUGUAUUGUCCACUUUUUCUAAUGGGAAAACAUAUCAAGAUGGACUGGAUAUGACUUCAAAAGGAAGAGAUGAGCACUACACAUAUAUUCUUAGCACUCUCACAUCCAUAGAUCUCUCAAAUAAUGAAUUUGUGGGAGAAGUUGCUUCAAAUUUUGGAAAUUUGAAGGGGUUGAGGUUUCUAAACCUUUCAAUGAACAAUUUUAAUGGGACCAUUCCAAGUAGUUUGGCAGAAAUGAGUCAUUUAGAGUCUUUAGACCUGUCAAAAAAUAAUUUUUCAGGACACAUCCCUAUAGAGCUUGAUUCUCUAAGCUCUUUAGUUCAAAGGUCUUUUUAUGAGGAUGAGUUUAUUGAUGAUGGCUCGAUUGCCUGGGAGGAGAUAGCUGCAUUAUAUGAGCCUUUACCAGCAGUUUUAUCAGGUAUCGUGGGAGAACUACUUUGUCCAGAUAGGCGAUCACAUGGUUUAGCCGUGGGGUUGGGGCAGGUGAUCAAGAUGAUGAUUACCGAGGGGACCUAA